GUUCGCAAGGUUCGCAUUCUGUCUGAGCGAAUCGUCGGUCGAGUCACCUCCAUCGUCCGUCCAUCGGACGGAGAUUGUCUCGGUUUUGGUCUCGUCUCGUCCGUCGCUUGAUAUAUUGAGGGCGACCAAUCCAAGUCCAAGUGAAGGAGUUUCGUCCGACCACAACAAUCCAAUAUCGCAGCCAGCCAGCGCAGGUCGAUCGCAGUUGGGUUUAAAAGUUCGAACCGAUCGGAGUUCUUCUCUGCUUCCUCUCUGAUCGGUGGGAGACGGAGCGGCUGUUGGACUAGUUUCUCAAGCUUAGUAGUUAGGCGCAGCAGGCUUAUGGGAAACGCACGUGUGCCACUUGGGUUUAGUCUGCGGGAAGAAAUAUGGCAAUUUUUGUUUGAUUAAGUGCGGAACGUAAACACAGGAAAAGGGCGCAAGUGUGGUGAAUUGUCGGGGUGUAGUGUGAAAUUUUUGGUUAAUUCCUUUGGACGCGGUUUAUUGGUGUUGUGCAAAGCGUGGGUUGUGGCAGUUUUCCACGUGAGUGAUCAACAGGUGGCGGCUGCGGCAACGGCAGUAUAGGUGACUGAACGGUUUGUGCGAGUGCUACAAGAAGUGUUGACCUGCUGUACCCACUACUGGUUGGCCUGCGGCGAUUUAGUACGGUGUCGUGACCGGAACGUUUUUAACGGUUUUUGCCUUCGAUUGACGAUUGAAGGGCAUCUUUCAGCUUGCGACUCCCAUAAAUGUGGCGAUAGCAUCAUCAUCCAAACCCGCGCGGUAUCUUAAUUACUCUUCCUUCUGGUUCUGGUGACGACGGAGGUGGCACUGCCCGACCGACAAAACCACCCCCAGCGGAUGCGAGCGCAGUCAGUCGCGUGUGAACCGGCGCGCAGAAAGGAUCUCCCGAUCAACGAUCGAACACACGAACAGCGUAGGUAGGAACCCACCACAGCAGCAUGCCAGCAAGUGGGGUGGGAAGCGAUGACCCAUCGCAACAGUACAGCAAUGGGACCGCUGAUCUGGAGGACACGGUCCAGGGCAUGACCAACCAUGGAUUCUAUCGGGAUCUGGUCGACGAGGGCAUCAAGUCGGAGAAGGAGAAGAUCUCGACGGCGUUGCCGCCGGUGGCCGUGGCGAGGCCGCUCUACCAGCAGGAGGAUCUCAAUCAGGAGAUGCGAUACAGUGUCCCUCAGAGGCAGGUGGUUCGAGAAACGCUGGACACUGUCAAGGGAUGGAGUGCGAAACGGUGUGCCCGGAGUGUGUUCCCGAUUGUGGGGUGGCUGUCGGAGUACUCUCUGAAGAGGGACUUGGUGUCGGAUUUGAUCAGUGGAUGUACGGUGGCCGUGAUGCACAUUCCGCAGGGCAUGGGGUACGCGUUGUUGGCCAAUGUGCCGCCCAUAGUGGGGAUCUAUAUGGCGUUCUUUCCGGUGUUGGUGUACUUUGUUCUGGGCACCUCGAGGCACAAUUCGAUGGGGACGUUCGCGGUGGUAUCGAUUAUGGUGGGAAAACUAGUGCUCAAGUAUUCCAGUGAGGGUGAUGUGACAGGGAGUGGAUCGAAGGUGGUGAACGAUACCAUACUUGGGGUUGUGAAGGAAAGUAGUGAAGGUGCUGCGGUGAGUCCGAUAGUUGUCGCGUCGACGGUAUGCUUCAUCGUUGGGAUUAUGCAGCUGAUAAUGUACGUAGGUCGUCUCGGAGUGAUUUCGUUCCUGCUAUCGGAUACAUUGGUGUCCGGCUUCACCACCGGCGCGGCCAUUCACGUGCUCACCUCGCAGAUCAAAGAUCUCCUCGGGCUGUCCCUGCCUCCCCAGAGUGGAAAUUUCGAAGUCAUAAAUACUUACGUCGCCAUUUUUACGGACAUUGCCAGCGCCAACUGGGCGGCCAUCGUGAUAUCUGCCGUGACGAUAGUGGUCGUGGUGGCCAACAACGAAUACCUAAAGCCUAUUGUCGCCAAGCGAAGUAGCAUCCCGGUUCCGAUCGAGCUCAUUGCGGUUAUUAGCGGUACCCUGAUUUCGAGAUAUGUGGAUCUGCAUGGAGAAUAUAGGAUCAAAACUAUUGGACACAUUCCAACAGGAUUUCCAGAUCCCGCCCUGCCGGACACCAACCUGAUGCGGUCGCUGCUGCUGGAAAGCUUCCCGAUCGCCAUGGUCGCCUACGCCGUGUCCGUAUCGAUGGCCCUCAUCUUCGCCCAGAAGCACAACUACGAAAUCGACUUCAACCAGGAACUGCUGGCGAUGGGCACCAGCAACGUGUUCGGUUCGUUCUUCAGCUGUUUGCCGUUUUCGGCUUCGCUGUCGCGAUCGAUGAUCCAGUUCACCACGGGCGGGAAAACGCAGAUCGCUUCGGUGAUUUCCUGUGGAAUACUGGCGAUUGUUCUUCUGUGGGUAGGGCCGUUUUUCGAGCCGCUCCCGCGGUGUGUCCUGGCGGGUGUUAUUGUGGUUUCGCUGAAGGGACUGCUCAUGCAGGUCACGCAGUUCCGACAGUUUUGGAAACUCAGCACUGUGGAUGCGAUCGUUUGGAUGGCGACGUUUCUUACGGUUGUGCUAGUGGCGAUCGACAUUGGGCUACUGGUCGGCAUGGUACUAAGCAUUUGCACGAUCUUCUUCCGCGGUAUGAAACCGUACACGUGUAUCAUGGAGAACGUCCCCAAUACGGAUCUGUACCUGGAUGUGAAUCGUUACAAGGGGACGAUCGACAUCGCCGGAAUCAAGAUCUUCCACUUUUGCGGUAGCCUGAACUUUGCCACACGGGCUGGUUUCAAAACAAGUCUGUGCGAAUCCCUCAACCUGAAUCUCACCAAGGAGAUCAAAGACUCCAACCGGAAGGACUACAAGAAGAAGUACAGCCUGCGAUUCCUGGUGUUGGACUUCACCGCGCUGAGUAAUAUUGAUCCGUCGGCAAUCGCUGCCCUGAAGGGACUGAUCACCGAGUUUGAGAAACUCUCGGUUAAGGUCCUGGUGGCUGGGUCGUCCUGUCCCGUGUAUGAAAUGAUGGUCCGGUGUAAGCUGGUAGGAUCGGAAGAUCGGGAGUACUGUAAGGUCUUCCCAACCAUUCACGAUGCUGUAUUGUGGGCGCAGGAUGCCACGGCGAACGAUUCCGGUCAGGUCAGUAUCAUGGAGUCGGAGAGUGCGUGAUGGAAAUGGAUGGGAGAUGAGCGAAUAGCAGUAGAUGUUAACAUAAUUUAUCGGGUAGCAACACGGAUAACAGUUUUAAUGUUAUCCCUCGAAAUGUGCCUUUCUUAGUGUGUAAGGUCGUUACGACGAAGUUGACUGAAAUUGAAGCAUUUCCGGUCGAACGGCGGCGGAGUACUCAGUAUUUAUAGAUUUUUAAUAUUAAAAAAAUUUUGUUGUGAA